UCUGCCUCUGACCUGGGAGACAUCUGUUUCCCCCCAAACUACACCCCCAUGCACACAUAUAUAAGCCAGAGACAGACCCUGGAGGAGAGAGGGUCUUCAGAAGGCCCAAUGGGGAAAGCACAGGCUGGGAAGGAUGCUUGAGCUCCUUGUAGGUGUUGGGGUGACAGUCUGGGCCAGGCCAUCUACAGGGACUCUGUGCUUGAUCCAUCCCCUCCUUUUCCAGGGACUGCCUGACAGCAGCCAUGGCAAACAACAGUGGGGACAGCGUCACCCGCCGGAGCGUGGCAUCACAGUUUUUCACUCAAGAGGAGGGGCCAGGCAUUGAUGGCAUGACCACCUCAGAGAGGGUGGUGGAUCUUUUGAACCAGGCAGCGCUGAUCACCAAUGACUCAAAGAUCACAGUGCUCAAACAGGUCCAGGAGCUGAUCAUCAACAAAGACCCCACACUACUGGACAACUUCCUGGAUGAGAUCAUCGCUUUCCAAGCAGACAAGUCAAUCGAAGUGCGCAAAUUUGUCAUUGGCUUCAUUGAGGAGGCAUGCAAACGAGACAUUGAGUUACUGCUGAAACUGAUUGCAAACCUCAACAUGCUCUUGAGGGACGAGAAUGUGAACGUGGUGAAGAAAGCCAUCCUCACCAUGACCCAGCUCUACAAGGUGGCCCUGCAGUGGAUGGUGAAAUCUCGGGUCAUCAGCGAGCUCCAGGAGGCCUGCUGGGACAUGGUGUCUGCCAUGGCUGGGGACAUCAUCCUGCUGUUGGACUCUGACAAUGAUGGCAUCCGCACCCACGCCAUCAAGUUUGUAGAGGGCCUCAUUGUCACUCUUUCACCCCGCAUGGCCGACUCGGAGAUUCCCCGACGCCAGGAACAUGACAUCAGCCUGGACCGAAUCCCUCGUGACCACCCCUACAUCCAGUACAACGUCCUCUGGGAAGAAGGCAAGGCAGCCUUGGAGCAGCUGCUCAAGUUCAUGGUGCACCCCGCCAUCUCCUCCAUCAACCUGACCACGGCACUGGGGUCCCUCGCCAACAUCGCCCGCCAGAGACCCAUGUUCAUGUCUGAGGUGAUCCAGGCCUAUGAAACCCUGCAUGCCAACCUACCUCCGACACUGGCCAAAUCACAGGUAAGCAGCGUGCGGAAGAAUCUCAAGAUGCACCUGUUGAGCGUGCUGAAGCACCCAGCCUCUUUGGAGUUCCAGGCCCAGAUCACCACCCUGCUUGUGGACCUGGGCACGCCUCAGGCUGAGAUUGCCCGCAAUAUGCCCAGCAGCAAGGAUUCCCGCAAACGGCCCCGAGAUGACUCGGAUCCCACACUCAAGAAGAUGAAGCUAGAGCCCAAUCUGGGGGAAGACGAUGAGGACAAGGACUUGGAGCCAGGCCCAUCAGGAACCUCGAAGGCCUCAGCCCAGAUCUCCGGCCAGUCGGACACAGACAUCACAGCCGAGUUCCUCCAGCCUCUGCUGACACCUGAUAAUGUGGCCAAUCUGGUCCUCAUCAGCAUGGUAUACCUGCCUGAGACCAUGCCUGCCUCCUUCCAAGCCAUCUACACCCCCGUGGAGUCAGCAGGCACUGAGGCCCAAAUCAAGCACCUGGCUCGGCUUAUGGCCACACAGAUGACAGCUGCGGGACUGGGACCAGGUGUGGAGCAGACCAAGCAGUGCAAGGAGGAGCCCAAGGAGGAGAAGGUGGUGAAACCAGAGAGUGUCUUGAUCAAGCGGCGCAUGCCAGCCCAGGGCCAAGCCAUCUCAGUGGUGGGCUCCCUGAGCUCCAUGUCCCCCCUGGAGGAGGAGGCGCCCCAGGCCAAGAGAAGGCCAGAACCCAUCAUUCCUGUCACACAGCCCCGGCUAGCAGGUGCUGGCGGGCGCAAGAAAAUCUUCCGUCUCAGUGACGUGCUGAAGCCCCUGACCGACGCCCAGGUUGAGGCCAUGAAGCUAGGUGCUGUGAAGCGGAUCUUGCGGGCUGAGAAGGCUGUGGCCUGCAGUGGGGCCGCCCAGGUGCGCAUAAAGAUCCUGGCCAGCCUGGUAACACAGUUCGACUCGGGCCUGAAGGCUGAGGUCCUGUCCUUCAUCCUGGAGGAUGUGCGGGCCCGCCUGGACCUGGCCUUCGCCUGGCUCUACCAGGAGUACAACACCUACCUGGCAGCUGGUGCCUCAGGAAUCCUGGACAAGUAUGAGGACUGCCUCAUCCGCCUGCUCUCGGGCCUGCAGGAGAAGCCAGACCAGAAGGAUGGGAUCUUCACCAAGGUUGUGCUGGAGGCACCACUCAUUACUGAGAGCGCCCUGGAGGUGAUUCGCAAGUACUGUGAGGACGAGAGUCGUACCUAUCUGGGAAUGUCCACGCUCCGAGACCUGAUCUUCAAGCGCCCAUCCCGCCAGUUCCAGUACCUGCAUGUCCUCCUAGACCUCAGCUCCCAUGAGAAGGACAAGGUGCGCUCUCAGGCCCUGCUCUUUAUCAAGCGCAUGUAUGAGAAGGAACAGCUGCGAGAGUACGUGGAGAAAUUUGCCCUCAACUAUCUACAGCUCUUGGUCCACCCCAACCCGCCGUCUGUGCUGUUUGGAGCCGACAAGGACACAGAGGUGGCAGCGCCCUGGACUGAGGAGACAGUGAAGCAGUGUCUAUACCUCUACCUGGCCCUCCUGCCUCAGAACCACAAGCUGAUCCAUGAGCUGGCAGCCGUGUACACUGAGGCCAUCGCAGACAUCAAGCGGACAGUGCUGAGGGUCAUCGAACAGCCGAUCCGAGGAAUGGGCAUGAACUCACCAGAGCUGCUCCUGCUGGUAGAAAACUGUCCCAAGGGGGCAGAAACGCUGGUCACCCGAUGUCUGCACAGCCUCACAGAUAAAGUCCCGCCCUCCCCAGAGCUGGUGAAGCGGGUUCGGGAUCUAUACCACAAGCGACUGCCAGAUGUCCGCUUCCUCAUCCCUGUGCUCAAUGGGCUGGAGAAGAAAGAGGUGAUCCAGGCCCUGCCUAAGCUCAUCAAACUCAACCCCAUCGUGGUAAAGGAGGUCUUCAACCGCCUGCUGGGCACCCAGCACGGCGAAGGAAACUCAGCCUUGUCCCCCCUCAACCCUGGGGAGCUCCUGAUUGCAUUACACAACAUCGACUCGGUGAAGUGCGACAUGAAGUCCAUCAUCAAAGCCACCAACCUGUGCUUUGCGGAGCGGAACGUGUACACAUCGGAGGUGCUGGCGGUGGUGAUGCAGCAGCUGAUGGAGCAGAGCCCCCUGCCCAUGCUGCUCAUGAGGACCGUGAUCCAGUCCCUGACCAUGUACCCCCGCCUGGGGGGCUUCGUCAUGAACAUCCUGUCCCGCCUCAUCAUGAAGCAGGUGUGGAAGUAUCCCAAAGUGUGGGAGGGCUUCAUCAAAUGCUGCCAGCGCACCAAGCCCCAGAGCUUCCAGGUCAUCCUGCAGCUACCACCCCAGCAGCUGGGAGCCGUCUUUGACAAGUGCCCCGAGCUCCGGGAGCCCCUGCUGGCCCACGUCCGCUCCUUCACACCCCACCAGCAAGCACAUGUCCCCAACUCCAUCAUGGCCAUCUUGGAGGCCAGCGGCAAGCAGGAGCCAGAAGCCAAGGAAGCACCUGCGGGGCCUCUGGAAGAGGACGACCUGGAGCCCCUGGCCCUGGCCCCGGCCCCGACCCCAGCGCCAGCACCCCGACCCCCUCAGGACCUCAUCGGCCUGCGGCUGGCCCAGGAGAAGGCCUUAAAACGGCAGCUGGAGGAGGAACAGAAGCUGAAGCCUGGAGGAGUGGGAGCCCCCUCCUCCUCCUCCUCGUCUCCCUCCUCUUCCUCGGCCCGGCAGGGCCCUCUCGCGUCCGAGGAAGUCAUGGAGUUCCGGGAGGAGGGGCCUGAGUGCGAGACCCCGGCCAUCUUCAUCAGCAUGGAUGAGGACUCCGGGCUGACGGAGGCCGCGCUGCUGGACGCGAGUCUCGAGGGGCCCCUGCCUAAGGAGGCAGCAGCGGGGGGGUUGGCCUCAAAGGAGGAGCGGAGCCCCCAGACCCUCGCCCCUGCCGGCGAAGACGCCGUGAAGACCCCCAGCCCGGCCGCGGAGGAGGCCGGGGAUCCCGAGACCAAGGGGAACAGCUGACCGGGCUUAAGCGGUGGGAAGGGAGCGGGAUGGGACCUGGGGUUGGGCGACGGGCGGGGCUGGACCGCGGGUGCUUUGCCUUAAAAGAUUAAAAGA